AUGCUGUUGGUAAUUGGCGCUCGCCAGCUUCUUCAUUAUCCACUUCAGAUUGUCAGUCGACAAAUUGAUAACGAAACAGGCUUUAUUGUUCUUGGCACAACACGAGGUUAUAAUUUUCCCAGUGUUAUUGGAGUUUUUUCUUUCACAUUAGUAGCUUUCGGGAAGUUGGCUUCGGAUUUGAAGACGACUAUUUAUUGGAAAUGUAUUUUUAUUAACUGUUCGAUUUCCUCUUCCAGCUGGGUUUUGUUUGUUUGUGUUCCUGGAAGGCUGUAUUGUUUACGCGGACAAAUUAACGUAAAACAGGAUGUAUUUGCUGUACAACCAGUCGUUGGGACAAUUUGGAGUUCAGCAUUUGCUGAACAAAUGCCGGCAUUCCUACAGCCACUGUUUGCCUCAAAAGAGCCGUUUCGUUACCACUGCAUGGAUGAGGAACAGCGAAAUUUGCCGAGUGCCUUUGUGAUUUAUCCAAAAUCAAGCAGUGAACCGCCGAACUCAUUUUGUUGGGUUGGUGCCAGCGGCUAUACAUUAGGACGAAUAGACUCGGCGGCAACCGAUGCGUACGAUAUAAUCAUCGAGGAUGUGCAUAUUCCACAUAAAUUAGUGGACGGUCGUCACAGCUACCCGUUGGACACUGCAUUAACGGAAUACAAUGUUUUGUUUUUGUACAGUGAUCAUAUUGAAGCAGUUUCGUUGCUCAAUCAGAAACGAAUGUUUGAGGAUAUCAUUGGAACGGAUUCUGGCCAAGUAAAAGGGAUGUGCCGUGAUCCGGUAUCCGAAAUGGUUUGGGUUUACACCGAUGUUGCAGUAUGGAAAUAUCGGCCAAAUGAGGAAUCGAGAGACAUUUGGCGAAUUUAUUUGGAGCGUGGCGAGUAUGGGAAAGCACGUGCAAUCACAAGUAAACUAAGCGAUCCAUCACCGCAUCAGUAUGUUAUCAAAAAGGAAGCCGAAAAAUACAUCGUCGAGAAAAAGUAUUUUUUUGUCAUUUAA